UGAUAGCCAAAGAAUGUGUCAACCAUGCGGACUGUGCCACGAUAGUUGCUACUAGCUGCGUGCAAGCCGCGGACGGAAAAAUGCGCUGUCUUUGCGGAGACUUUGAGGCACCCGAGAAUGGAUACUGCAAGGCCAAAUACAAAGGUCUUAACCACCUCUGCACCGACACCCUGCAGUGCGACAUUGGAAUGAUUUGCGCGAUAAAGAACAUUACCAAAACUACCACGCUAGUGACCAGUAAAACCUUUAUGACCAGUAACAUGCUGCAUAACAACAACACCAACUAUAAGAUGUGCCUGUGUGAUAAGGAGAUUGGAUACGUCGAGGAUAAGCAUGACUACCGCCACUGUAGUGGCGCUAUUGCUGCGAUCUUUUCCUCGCCCCUGUUGAUACCAAUGCUGACCGCUGUCUUCGGCUGUACGAUACUCCGGAAAUUAGGCAACUACUGGCUUGUCGACAUAUAAACUCGAUUUUCGAUUGAUGCUCUGAAUCCGCUUUUAUCAUUACGCAAUAUAACACACAAAUUUAGCUUUAGGAUAAGCUCUUCGCUAAGUAUGAUUGUGAUUGCUAACUCAUGUGCUAACACAGAUGAUAAAAAAACAAGCUUAGUGCAAGUAUUUUGCCUUGAAAUGGACCGAAUUUCCUCUCUCGUAUAUGAAACAAAUCAUGCCUUUAUGUGAUCUACGUCUGCACCAUCCCAAAAUACGAAAAACAUAUUGCAAGUACUAGACAGUAAGAUUAAAUCGAGCGCCAAGCUGUGUGUAUUUUUCAAGUAUCUUAGAUCAUAGUGAACAAAAAUCAUAGAUAUUUUUAAUGUCGCUUUUCUACUGUAGUGCAAAAAAAUGACAAGGCAAUUCAUAUUUGUACUGAUCUGCACAUUAUUCGGAUUGAGAAACAUAUCAAAAUUCUUUUAUAGUAAGACGAGAAAAAAUAAGCUAAGAACAAGACGUACUUUAUUAUCCCUAAAGUAACAUUUCAAAUUUAAAAAAAUCUCUCGUUUGGUUCGAGUAGCACAUUCGAUUGAAUCAAAAGUUAGGAUAGUGCAUCUUCUGUAAUUCAGAUUAUCAUAAACAUAUUUCCUAAAUAUUGUGGCUUUGUGUAGAUAAUCGAAAAAACAAAUCAAGAAAAACACAUAAAAAUAAAUCUACGAUAAAAUUCAUUCAUCAGUUUAGCAUUUUAGACUCUAUUUAUUAUACGAGAUAGAAUUAUA